AUGGGCUCCAAAACACCCGAGAACGAAGGCCGAAAUGGCGGUACAGAUGAGCCCCCGAGCUCGCCAGCAAAUGCCACCGGCGGAGAGCCACGCGGAGCCCAUCUGUCCCGCGAUGGUGACGGCAGCCUUGGAGAUGACGGCGGAGAUGACGACGGCGAUGCUGACAACGGGGCCUGCGCUGCUCCCUUGUCGCUAACCGGCCAACCAGGAUCGGAAACUACUUCCAAGAAAAAGAACAAAAAGCGAAAGAAGUCAAAGAAGAAGGCUUCGUCAUUGACCCAGUCAUCUCCCCCGCGGAUUCCGUUGAGUGAAUUGUUCCCUCCUGGCCAGUACCCAGUUGGAGAAAUACAGAGUUAUGCACCAGUGGAGAACACCGCUCGCACCACUGCCGAGGAAAUUCGAUACCAAGGGCGCACGCAUCUUGAAGAUGACAGCCUCUUAAAUGACUAUCGAAAGGCGGCUGAAGUGCACCGUCAGGUCCGGCGAUGGACCCAGGAAUUUGCUCGCCCGGGCAAGACCCUCACAGAGAUCGCCGAGGGGAUUGAUGAUGGCGUGAGAGCCUUGCUAGGCAAUGAUGGUCUCGAGCCUGGAGCUGGCCUGGUUUCGGGCCUGGGAUUCCCAACGGGACUAGCGCUGAACCAUUGCGUUGCGCACUACACACCCAAUCCUGGACAGAAGGAGAUCAUUUUGCAAUCCAGCGACGUCAUGAAGGUCGACUUUGGUGUUCAUAUCAAUGGCUGGAUUGUUGACAGUGCGUUUACUAUGUCGUUUGAUCCAUGCCAUGACAAUCUGCUUGCGGCCGUCAAGGAUGCAACAAAUACUGGCAUCAAGAACUCUGGAAUUGACGUCCGCAUCAGCGAUGUUAGCGCCGCUAUCCAGGAGACCAUGGAAAGCUACGAGGUUGAGAUCAAUGGAAAGACCUUCCCGGUGAAGCCCGUUCGAAAUCUCAGUGGCCACAAUAUCAAGCAAUAUCAGAUCCACGGCGGCAAAUCAAUUCCAUUCGUCAAGACCAAGGAUCAGACUAAGAUGGAAGAAGGGGAGAUCUUCGCCUGUGAGACAUUUGGGUCAACGGGGAGAGGAAUGACAAUCGAUGGUCCUGGCGUGUACGGUUAUGGAAAAGACCUGGAUGCGCCGAAAAGGAUUACGUCGCACCUGGCUUCUGCCCGGUCUCUCUAUCAGAAGAUCAAUGAGAACUUCGGCACUCUCGUCUUCUGCCGCCGAUAUCUCGAGAGGCUCGGCGUUGAGCGAUACCUGGCGGGUAUGAACAACCUGGUUUCACAAGGUGUGGUCGAAAUGUACCAGCCUUUGAUGGACAUUGAAGGCUCUUACUCGGCGCAAUUCGAACAUACUUUUCUGCUCCGUGAAUCGGGCAAAGAGGUUAUCAGUCGCGGAGCCGACUACUGA